UUCGGCCCAGGGAAAGCUACAGAAAAUCAGGAGUGGAAUGGGUAUUUUACUCUUUGCUCAACUGACUCCGUUGAUUUCCUUGGUAUCCUAUCUCUCACAAUGAACCCUGCUUCCGCUGCCAUGCCCAAGGCUGCGGCUUUGCCCGCCCGUCUACUGCGGACCUCGCAGCGAUACUCUCAACAGGGUCCAGCUGCCAAUGUUCGAUCGUCCUCUUCGCCGCGACAAUACCAUGUUUCCAUACUUCAGCACCCCGUCAAGCGUCCGCAGGAAGGCGCCUGUGCAAAGAAGUCCCUUGGAUAUGUUCCCUCUAGGAGCUUCCACACAACGAAUUCCCUCGCCGCCGUCCCUGACCCAUACAGAGUCCUAGGGGUAGAUAAGGGCGCCUCCGCCGGCGAUAUUAAAAAGGCCUACUAUGGAAUGGCAAAGAAAUACCAUCCGGAUACCAACAAAGAUCCAGGCGCCAAAGAGAAAUUCGCCGAGGCUCAGUCGGCGUACGAGUUGCUAUCCGAUGCGAAGAAGCGAGAGACAUAUGAUCGAUUUGGGUCGGCUGCCUUUGACCAAAACGGCGGCUUUGAUCCCAAUGCCGCUGCCGGAGGCAAUCCGUUCGCAGGUGCCGGUGGCUUCCACGGGUUUGGCGGAGGUUUCCCGGGUGGUUUUGGAGCGGAUAUCAAUUUCGAAGAUCUUUUCGGUGCCUUUGCCGGUGGUGCUCGUCGAGCUGGUCGUGGCAAGCGAAGCCCGUUCCAAGAGAUUCUGGUCGGUGAAGAUAUUGAAGUCCAGACCAACAUCUCGUUCAUGGAAGCGGCCAAGGGUACAUCGCAAGACAUCGUCAUCACGCCGCUGAUGGAAUGCGGUACAUGUAAGGGUGACGGUCUGAAAAAGGGCGCAAAACGGUCUCAAUGCCGUCAGUGCAAUGGUUCGGGAACCAGGGUACACUUCAUGCAGGGAGGCUUCCAGGUCGCGGCUACUUGUGAUGCCUGUGGCGGAGCGGGUCAGAUUGUCCCUCGAGGAUCCGAAUGUGGUUCCUGCCACGGUAAUGGAGUUACUCGCGAUCGAAAAACCGUCCGGGUCGACAUCCCCGGCGGCGUUGAAGACGGUAUGCGCCUGCGAAUUGCCGGGGAAGGUGAUGCUCCUCCCACAGGGACUUCAGCUGCACCUGGGUCGCGGACGCAGCGCGGUGAUCUUUUUGUAUCUAUCCGAGUCGCUCCGGAUGAACGUUUCAGUCGCUCCGGAUCGGACAUCCUCUACACUGCAUCAAUCCCGCUGACUACCGCUCUCCUUGGUGGUGAAGUGACCGUUCCGACACUGGAUGGGCAAGUGAAGGUCAAGGUCUCCACCGGAACUGGGACUGGGGACAGAAUCACACUGUCCGGUAUGGGCAUGAAGAAACUCGGUGGCCGGUCGCGAGCGUUCGCUCCUACCGGUGACCUGAAGGUCGAGUUCAAGGUCCAGAUGCCCAAGUACUUGACCGGCAACCAGCGCACCAUUCUCGAGGUUCUCGCAGACGAAAUGGGGGACAAGACAGCCCGACGGAUCAUGGACAUUCCAAAGGACGGUACUCCUCCAUCAUCCGAUGCUUCUUCCGGAGGAGACGCUUCGCAGAACGACGGGUUCCUCAAGUCCGCCUGGCACAAGCUCAUGAAUCACAAGAAGCCCUGCGAGUCCGAAAAGUCGAACGAAAAUGGGAGCUCCCCGCUCCUCCACGGCAAGAUGGUUCAGUCGCCUAUGAUAUCAUGCCCCCUCAAGCAAACCAACGAAAUCGAUUGGAUUCAACCUCUCAAGGACUACAUCCGUCAGAGCUAUGGUGAAGAUCCCGAACGCUAUGGUCAAGAAUGCGCCACUCUCAACCGUUUGCGCCAGGAUAUGAGGGGCGCUGGCAAGGACAGUGCGACAGGGCGCGACCUGCUGUACCGGUACUACGGGCAGCUGGAGCUGCUGGAUUUGAGAUUCCCUGUCGACGAGAACCAUAUCAAAAUCUCUUUCACUUGGUACGAUGCCUUCACACACAAACCGACUGCCCAAUAUUCCCUUGCCUUCGAGAAAGCCUCGAUUAUUUUCAACAUCUCCGCGGUGCUUUCGUGCCAUGCAGCGAAUCAGAACCGUGCAGAGGAUACUGGUCUCAAGACCGCCUAUCACUCCUUCCAGGCCUCUGCCGGAAUGUUCACCUACAUCAAUGAGAACUUCCUCCAUGCCCCGUCGACCGACCUCAACCGCGAAACCGUUAAGACUCUCAUCAACAUUACACUUGCCCAAGGGCAAGAGGUAUUUCUCGAGAAGCAAGUAAUGGAUAACAAGAAGCCCGGUUUCCUUGCGAAACUCGCUAGUCAGGCCUCCUACCUCUACGCUCAGGGUGUCGAGGGCACAUUAGAGCAUGCAAAGGGAGUCUUCGAUAAGUCAUGGGCCAUUAUUUUGCAAGCCAAGUCGGCACACAUGGGCUCUGUGGCAUCUUACUACCAGGCCUUAGCUGACUGUGAGACCGGUUCGCACGGAGUGGCCGUUGCGAGGCUCCAGUUAGCGGAGAAGAGCUCUGCAACCGCGCUGAGCUGGGCGAAAUCGUUCCCCUCGUCGGUCUCUCCGAAUACAAAUCUGAGUUCAGAAGCUGGCCCCAAUCUGGUAGAUAUUAUCAAAUUCCACCUGGCCAAUGUGCAGUCCCGGCUCGCGACUUUCAUCAAGGACAAUGAUUUCAUUUAUCACCAGCCCGUCCCAAGCGAAGCAGGAUUAUCUGCAGUGUCAAAGCUACCCGCAGCGAAGGCGAUCCCUGUUAGUGAGCUCUACCAGGGGCAAGAUAUCCAGCGAAUUAUUGGUCCGGAUAUCUUCCAGAAACUUGUUCCAAUGUCAGUAACGGAAACUGCGAGUCUAUACGACGAAGAGAAGGCCAAGUUGAUCCGAGCAGAAACAGAAAAAGUUGAGACUGCGAAUGGGGAAAUGGCAGCGAGUUUGGAUUACUUCAAGCUUCCUGGCAGCCUAAACAUCCUGAAAGGGGGCAUGGACCAAGAGAUGACUGUGGAUGAAGAGUUCCAGCGAUGGUGUCAAGAGCUAGCAGGCCAUGAUUCCUUUAGCAAAGCCUUUGAUGGCCUACAGGAUCGCAAGUCACAGGUGUUGGCGCAGCUGGAUCAGUGUUCGAAACAGCUAGACCUGGAGGAGAGCGUGUGCGAAAAGAUGCGCUCCAAGUACGGAGCCGACUGGGGCCAACAGCCUAGCGCUCGACUAAACACAACACUUCGUGGUGAUAUUCGGACGUACCGGGACACGAUUCACGAAGCAAGUGCUAGCGAUUCUCAGCUUCUUGCCAGUCUCCGUCAGUACGAGUCGGACUUUGACGAGAUGCGAUCCGCUGGUGAAACAGAAGAGGCAGAUGUUCUCUUCCAAAGGGCUAUGAUCAAAGCUGGAUCAAAGCAGGGCAAAGGCAAGAAUGGCGUUGCUAGCCCUUACUCCUCGAUAGUCGAGGGCAGCCUACUGGACGAUGUUUAUGAUGAUGGGGCGCCAUCUGUGGCGGAACAAAUUGCCCGAGUAGAGUCUAUUCUGAAGAAAUUAAACCUGGUCAAACGGGAGCGAGCGCAGGUUUUGAAGGACUUGAAGGAAAAGGUGCACACUGAUGACAUCUCAAACGUCUUGAUUCUCAACAAGAAAUCCCUCACCGGACAAGAAAGUCAACUCUUCGAGGCAGAAUUGGAAAAAUUCCGUCCGCAUCAAAAUCGCUUACUUCAAGCCAACCAUAAGCAAACUGCGUUGAUGAAAGAGCUUACCAAAACCUACGGAGAUCUACUCCAGGACAAGCGAGUGAGGGCUGAACAAUCCAAGUACGAAACGAUAACUCGUCAACGCAAUUCUGUAAUGGCUAGGUAUAAAAAGAUCUACGACUCCUUCAACAACCUACGAUCAGGUACUACACAAGCACAGACAUUUUACACCGACAUGGGUGAAACAGUGGAUAGCCUGAGGAAAAAUGUGGACACCUUCAUCAACAACCGCCGGUCAGAAGGCGCGCACUUGUUAGGUCAGAUUGAGCGGGAGAAGGCAACUGGAGCAUCCGACCACGAGGAACGCGAGCGAGAAAAACUGAGACAGCUGAUGGAGCGCCUUUCUACGGAGCCCAAGCCGGCUUCGAUCUCGUCUUCCUCGGCAGCUACCGGUCCCGCCCAAGCCAAGUCUCCUCCCCCGCCAGUCAAGACCCCGAGCUACCCAACCCCAGGUAUUGCUCCGCCUAAGAUGUCCCCGGCCUUCCCACCAGCUAUUUCACAGCAACAUGGUACUCCAAUUUCCCAUUCCCCAGCUCCUUACGGCCAAUACAUGUCCCCUGGGACAGGGGUGUCCUAUCUUCAGUCGCAGAGCUACCAUCAAGGCGCUGCAGCGCCACUCUCUGAGGGCUACAAUCCCAUGGCAUACCCGAUCCCUGCCUCAUCCAUGUCCCCUCCCCCCGGCCAGUUCUACUCAGCAACCCCUACUCCCUUCUACACUACUCCUACUCCACCCGUGCCUUCAACCCAGUAUAUGCCGCAAGGCUACGUUCCCCCUCCCCCUCCUCCCCGCCCCCAGCAAACCACUUACGCCCCUUCCACAGGCCCAUUCCCCUCAGGGCCCGGUGGAUACGCUCAGGCCAGGCCAUACGGUACAAUCCAGCACCACAAGGCACAGUCGCAGUCACACACCUCACCCCAGGCUGGCCAGCCUCCAUCUGCCUCGUCUUCCACUGAUCCCUGGGCCGGUCUAAACGCCUGGAAAUAAAGAAAGGGAGAGAGAGAGGGAGAAGAUAAUAAAAGACUACAAAUCCACUUCGUCCAAUUUCAGUUAAUUUUACUUCGAAUUUUUAUUUUCUCCUUCGUUCCCCGGCCCGGGCCCCCGGCUUCAUGGGCCAUGAAAGAGUUAUGAUGAUAGAUUUACAUUCUACGUUCGUACGGAUAGGUCAAACCAGUUUUGCAUUGAGGCGUUUUCUACUAUGUUUACCCCCAUUUUCUACCUGUUAUAUUUUAUGGUUAAUGCUUUGCCUUGGCCUUUGCUUUUGCUCUCCCCUGCUCUGCUCCAUUCCUAUCCCCCC